AGUUUCACAAAAAUUUCAAAAAAGUUUCCUCUCAAUGGACCUGUACUGCCGUGUGUGUUCUACUAGCGAAGCGAUCAUGCUGCAGUCGUUGUUUGAAAUAUGCGAAAGCGAAGAUGAAGUCAUUGCAAAUAUGAUCAUCGACUGCACAGAUGUUAUGGUAACAGAUGGUGAUGGAUUACCACAAAAUAUUUGCACCGAAUGUUUGAUUAAAGUUAAGGAUGCAUAUCAGCUACGCAAGCGAUGUAUACAUUCGAAUGCAAUAUUUAAAAAAAUGUUGGUAUCCACAACAAUUCAGUCAGCAAAGCCUCUUUCUUCCUCUAUACGCUCAAAACAGAUGGAUUCAGAUCAAACAUUGAAAUUGGACGGAAACAGCGCAGUACAAAUAGAAUUGAACCAACUGUAUUUAUGCCAGGACUGUGGUGUGUUACUAGAUACCAACGAAGCAAUGCUAGAACAUGUACGUGUUACGCAUAUAGCACAUAAAACCAAAGAGAAGUUGGUAGUAGAAUACUUCGAAGAAUCAGAAGAACAAGAAAUCGAGUAUCUAGAUGAAGUAGGAGAUGAAACGAAAAAUUUGCUUUCAGAACAUAAUGUACUUUCAUCUCAAAUCACAGAUCCUCUAGAUUGUGAAGUUGUUGAAAAUGCAGCAGAUAACGGGAGUCUCAAAAAUCAUCAUGGAAUAUGGUUCAAAUCAUCUACUGCCUGUUGCGUGACGCGCUGCUAUAAAAAAUUUAAAAAACAUGAAGAUCUACAGCGACAUGCUAUGACUACACACGAAUUGUUGCGUAUUCAGCAUGCCCAAGAACGGAAGCAUCAUAAUUUGGUUUGCGACAUAUGCCUCAAGGGGUUUGCUAACGAACCAUUAUUUAUACGACACCGCACCGCUGAUCGACAUCAGAAACACGUAUGUCUAUCUUGUGGUUCGCGCUACGUUUCAAAGUCGAAUUUAAUUCAGCACGAAAAAAGUCAGUGCGGAAAGGUGGCCACAUUUUGUUGUCCACAAUGUGAUAAACGCUUUUUUACUAGUGGAGGCUUGAAAAAUCACGAAAAAUUGCAUAGCAUUAAGAAACCUAACGUUUGCAGUCAGUGUGGAAAAUCGUUUCACCGCAAAAGCGUCCUUAAAGAUCACAUCAGCAUGGUUCAUUCGAAUGUACGUUGGUUUGAAUGCACGUUAUGUCCCAAAUCAUUCACUAGCAAAACUGUUUUUCAAUCGCAUCAGUUGACACACACUAAGGAAAGACCUUAUCAGUGUCGUUUUUGCAACAAACGUUAUCUUAAAACCAGUGAUCGUACGUUACACGAAAAUCAAAUUCAUCUAGGUAUAAGACCUUUCCAAUGUUCUUUUUGCACAGCUGCUUUUAUUCGGGAUCGGGAAAGGAGGCUUCACGAGCGCAUACACACCAGAGCGAAGCUUUACAGUUGUGACGAUUGCUGUGAAGGAUUCAACAAAUUUGCGGACUUUAAGCAGCAUCGUCUUCAACAUCAUGGUAAGGACGCGCUGUGCAAUUCAGUUUCUACGACACUGGCGGCGAUUUAGCUAAAGGAAGCAAAUUAUACCAAUCCAAUCCAUUGAAGACCAAAAUC